AUGCUGCUCAAUGAUGCCCUAGUAGCUGCUACAGCGCUUAAAUUGCUUCUCAUACCCACCUACAGAUCGACUGAUUUUGAAGUACAUCGCAAUUGGCUUGCCAUCACACAUUCGUUGCCUAUACAAGACUGGUACUUUGAUACUACCUCAGAGUGGACUCUUGACUAUCCUCCCUUCUUCGCGUAUUUUGAAUGGGCUCUGUCGCAAGUCGCGCGCUUUGUUGAUCCUGCGAUGCUGCGUGUCGAUAAUCUUGGCUAUGCUUCAUCCAGGACAAUCGUUUUCCAGCGCUUGACUGUGAUAUUCUCUGAACUAGUCUUGUUCCUUGCCCUCAAAAGGUACAAAUCCAAUAAAAUCGGUGGGUCACAUCUGGUCGCGCUGAGCAUCUUCCUUUCGCCAGGUUUCCUCAUUAUUGAUCAUAUUCACUUUCAGUACAAUGGUUUCAUGUAUGGCAUUCUGCUCUAUUCGCUCUACUAUGCCGCUGAGCAGCCAAUCCUGUCAGGCUCUCUGUUCGCAACGCUAUUGUGCUUCAAACACAUCUACCUCUACUUGGCACCGGCCUACUUCGUCUAUCUACUGCGAAAAGUUGUUCUCACUAGCGACAUGCGCGGCAUCCACUUCCAAAGUACAGUCAGACUUGGCUUCGCUGUGCUUGCUCCAUUCAUCUUGGCAUUCGGGCCUUUUGUCUUGAUGGGCCAAACUCAACAAGUCCUGAGCCGCCUGUUUCCGUUUAGCAGGGGCUUAUGCCAUGCGUACUGGGCGCCAAACUUCUGGGCGCUUUACUCAUUCGUGGAUCGUGUCGCUAUUCAAUUUGCGCCAAUGCUUGGCCUCCGCUUGUCCAAGGACGCUCUGGCAAGCGGCACACGUGGACUCGUUGGCAAUACCGAUUUCGCAUGGCUACCUGACGUGACACCACGAGCGACUUUUGUUCUGACUGCAACUAUCCAGCUUGUAGCUGGCAUUAAGCUGUUUCGUCGUCCGUUGUAUGAAGUUUUCAUUGGCCACGUCACGAUGUGUGCCUAUGCAAGCUUCUUCUUUGGUUGGCAUGUCCACGAAAAGGCGGUUCUACUCAUUAUCCUCCCAGCAACACUCCUGGCUCUCAAAGAUACGCGCUUUCUGUUUGCAUUCACGCCACUCAUGCAAGCAGGCUACAUGUCACUCUUGCCACUCAUUUUCACUGGUCAAGAAACACCGCUGGUGCUCGCCUACACAACAGCCUAUUUGCUCUUCUUCAUGCGCGCUUUUGACGAAAAGGCCCCGCCUCCACAGAAAGAACGCUUCUUCCUGAUGGACAGGAUCGGAAGACUAUACACAGCAGCGUUUGUGCCCAUCGUCAUCUUCAACUACAUCUUGCACCCCUUGCUGCUGUCUGAACGCAAAUCUAUUACGUUCCUGCCACUGAUGUUGAUGAGCGUGUAUUGCGCAUGGGGCAUUCUGUGGAGUUUCCUUGGUUUCAGCGUUCUGUACUUCACUCAGCUCUGA